CAAAUAAUAACCCCCCCCCCAAAAAAAGAGAAAGAAAAAGCUUAAAAAAUUCUACAAAUUUCAUGGAGAUAUAUGUAUACGCUAGUCGAUCCGAUUCUUAACGAGCUCCAUUGCCAUUUUGCGAAUUAAACCCUAAAUUUGCUCGGAAUUAUGCAAUGGAGGUCCUCAACGCAGCUGGGUUGACCCCAAUCGCGCUUCAAAGAAGCACUUUUGCCUCCGAGAAGCGAGCGGAGCCCAAAAAGCUCCUCCCUUUCCGGUUCAAAAAGCCAUUUUUGAAGGGGGGUUUAGCUUCUCUCUCCUCGAUUUUGCUCGGGAGCAGUGGCUUCGCCCACGCCCUCACCUAUGAGGAAGCUCUGGGUCAGAGCAUGAGCCCCGAAUCCUCACCUGGGGACUCAAUCGGCUUCGAUUUGGGCCAAUUCCUUGAUGCGGUCGUGAAAUUCGCUUCCGAGAAUCAAGUCGAUUUGGGCCAAUUCCUUGAUGCGGUCGUGAAAUUCGCUUCCGAGAAUCCCUUGAUCGUCGGCGGAGGCACCGCCGCGGUGGCGGUUCCGCUUUUGCUGUUCCAAAUCCUCCAAAAGCCGAAGCCUUGGGGGGUUGAUUCGGCGAAAGGCGCUUAUGCGAAGCUGUCGCAGGACCCCGAUGCGCAGUUGCUUGAUAUAAGGGAAGGGAGGGACUUUAAGGAGGUUGGGAGCCCUGAUGUUAAGGGGUUGAAGAAGAAGGCGGUUUCGAUCAUGUACAGAGGGGGCGAUAAGCUGGGCUUCUUGAAGAAGCUUAGCUCGAAGUUUAAGGACCCCGCGAAUACUACAUUGUUCAUUCUCGACAAGUUCGAUGGGAACUCUGAAUUUGUUGCUGAGCUGGUCACUGCCAAUGGUUUUAAAGCUGCGUUUGCGAUCAAGGAUGGUGCAGAGGGACCUCGAGGAUGGAUAAAGAGCGGGCUUCCUUGGACUCCACCGAACAAGGCUCUAAUUGUCGACUUUGGUGAUUUAAACGAUGCAAUCAGUACUGCACUGGGAGAGAGCUCAGACGGUUUGCCUGUUACUCUUGGAUUAGCUGCCGCUACCGGUUUAGGUUUAUUUGCCUUUACAGAGGUAGAGACCUUACUUCAGCUUUUGGGAUCGGCAGCUAUUAUUCAGUUGGUUACCAAGAAAUUCUUGUUUGCGGAAGACCGGAAGGUAACUCUCCGACAGAUUGACGAGUUCUUGAAUACCAAGGUUGCUCCUAAAGAGCUUGUUGGCGAGAUAAAGAUGAUCGGCAAGGCUCUUCUACCUGCACCUACAAGUGCGAGGAGCCUACCAGCUCCAGCACUGGGAAGUUCGAGUGCUUCUACAGAUUCUACAGCAGAAGCUGCUCCUGAAACAAAAGCAGUGGUCAAGGAGGAGGCUGCAGCCGAGCCUCCUCCGCAAGUCAACUCAGUUUCUGUUGCAGAAGCCAGCAAGGAAUCUGUUCCUGCAAAGCCGAGACCUCUUUCACCUUACCCAUACUAUCAUGAUUUUAAGCCUCCAUCAUCGCCCUCUCCGUCGCAACCUUAAGCACAUUGUUGUACUUCAAAUCCAAAGACUCGUCGUUCUUGCAACGAGAUGCGGAUAGAAAUAUCAGCAGUUUUGGAUCAGGAGAUAAGUUUAUAGAAACUAGAUUGUAUUCUCGAAGAGGUGUCUCCAAAAUUUUAGAAUUCACAGGUUUUCUGAUGUAGAACCAUGAAUCUUCUUAUGUAUAAUUUAUAUGAGGGCAAGGAAUGCUUUUAUUUUUUCUUUUCCCUUUUUAGUUAAUGUAAAUUUCAAACUUCGCGACGUUGACUGAAUAUCCUGUUCAAGUGUAGUUUUCCCACAAUUCUAUGACUUUACACUGGAUUA